CAAUGAACCCGUUUUCCUUUUUGGGUGCGAGUCGAGUGGAAAUAUGUCAAAAUCCAAUCCGACCCCAAAUCCGUCUACGUUGAUUUUUACCUACAGUAACCGGGUUAAGUCAAAUUUGUACUCAUAUGUUCAGUUUCAAUUUCCGUCCCUAUAAUCGCAACUAAAAGUGAAAAAAUGAGACGAAACACAAAGAAAAAAGAGCCAAGUGAAGGUUUAGUCGAGUUCAAUCCAUUUGAUGAGUUGUUUUUAAUUUGAACGUGUUUUUGUAUGCAAGUUAGGGUUUGGCACCACUCCCGAUUGGAUUUGCCGUCUUCACGGCUCACUUGGCCACCAUUCCAAUAACCGGCACCGGUAUCAACCCGGUUAGGAGCUUCGGAGCUGCCGUUAUCUAUAACGGGGAGAAAGCCUGGGAUCACCAUGUAUGUGUACAGUCACAUUCAACCAUUGAUAGCUGCACAAUCUCUUCAUUCUGUUCAAUGAAUCCGUUUCUGCUCAUAAUUAAUGCAUGCGCAGGGGAUCUUCUGGGCCGGAGCCUUCGCCGGAGCUGCCGCGGCGGCUUUCUUUCACCACUACGUCAUGAGAACCGGAGCGGCCAAUGCUCUUAGGUUCGGUAAAAAGUGCGUCGAGGAUAUCUUCGACUUGGUCUCAGAUUGGGUGCAAUGUUAAUUAUGAACCCUGCUUCGAUCAGAAUUGGCGCAAUAAGCAAUCAACUUGGACGGAUUGGAUACCUAUAUAUGUAUUAGCUUAGUGCAUGUAAAUAGCAAGGAAUUACUUUUAUGUGGAUGUUGGAUUGCAAUCUAGUUCGGAGAUCAAUGGCGAUCGAGGCGACUGAUGAUCGAGGACGCGACAUAAUAUACAAACAUAGGCGUUUAAAGCUGAUUCGGUUGGCUCAAUUUGCAAUUCGUCGAUUCAAUGGACGAGUUAUAAAUUAUAUCAAAAGUAUUUAUAAAAAAAACUGCCAAGCAUUGUCAAUUAUUCUCGAGUUCAAAUGCUCACCUCGCUAAAAAUAAUUUUUUCACAAAAGCAUUUUGUCCCAAAAUUGGAUUAAAAUAUGCAAAUUAACAAGCUUUUAACCACCCGAAGCUCUCUAUGUGUCAAUUCUAAUCAGCCUUUCAACUCGUGUCAUUCAUCAACUUGUUAUGUCCAUUUAGUUAUUGUUAUUCGAUCCGUUAGAUUAGGGUCCGCGUUUCGUUACAGAACCCCUUAUCUGUAAAACUCUAGUUGUAAGUUGUAACCAUAAAAUUUUGCAGGUCGGAUUUUGUAUUUCUUUGAGUAGUAAGGUCGAUCUAGGUCUAACAACCUUGAUUCUAAUCAAUUAUUGAGUCCCAAUUAGCUAACAACCUUCACUUCUACUUUUUCUAAAAAGUAAAAACUCUAUUUCAAAACAUAAAGUACAAAUGAACACACCUGUAUUAGUUGGAUUUUGGAAGAGGACCAGUUUGGCCAAAAGUCUUAAAGCGACGGACUAUUUCCACUUUUUGCGCUUCCCAGUUCCCACCCAUCUCCCGUCACUUCACUGUAGACCUCGAGUCGCUCAAAACCUCUCUUCCCUUCUUCCUCCGCCUCUGUCGCCCGUCGAGGUCAGCAGCAAUGGGAAAUUCAUCGUCGAUGCUGACUCAGUACGAUAUCGAAGAGGUCCAGGGGCAUUGUAAUCACGCCUUUUCACAGCAAGAGAUAGUCUCGUUGUACCAGAGGUUUUGCCAGCUCGAUCGGAGCAGCGGUGGGUUUAUCUCCGCCGAUGAGUUCCUCUCCGUGCCUGAGUUCGCUGUCAAUCCUCUCGCUCAGAGAUUGCUGAGAACGGUUGAUGGAUUGAAUUUCAAAGAAUUCGUUGCUUUCCUGUCUGCAUUCAGUCCUCGCGCCACAUUGCAACAGAAAAUCGAAUUUAUCUUCAAGUUAUAUGAUUCGGGUGGAAAAGGUUCAGUUUCAUACAAAGACAUAUUGGAUGUGCUGCGUGAUUUGACUGGACAUUUUAUAUCUGAAGAACAGAGAGAGCAAGUGCUGAAGCAGGUUCUUGAAGAAGCAGGCUACAGAAAGGACUCGUCAUUAGUUUUUGCCGACUUUGUAAAGAUCCUUGGAAAUCCGGGCUUGAAGAUGGAAGUGGAGGUUCCAGUAGAUUAGGCAGUGGAAUUUUGUACCCACAAUGUAUGAAGCAGCAUCUGCAUCUCCCAUUAUGCUGCUGCUCUAGAUCCGGAAGCAGGGGAGAAUACUGAACAGCCCACCUCACACUCCACAACUCUGUAUAAUCGUAUAAACUUUAUCCUUGCUUGUAAGGUACCUGAAUUUAGUUUGACCUUCUUCAACUCCAUUGUUUCUCGAGUUUCCUUGUUCCUCCUACUAGUAUGAUCUCUCUCUUGUGCGUCAACGAAGGAGAGGGGAUUAGUUGUAGAAUUAGCAGAUUCUUAUUGACUGACAGUGUCAUCUUCACAACUUCGUGCUGCCAUCUGGAACUAGUAGAGAGAUUGUAAGCAUCUUUUUUCUCUCUCUCUCCGUUGAAUCAGUUGCAAUUGUAUUACCAAAACCUAUAUGCAAUGUACAGUUGCAAUUGUAUUACCAAAACCUAUAUGCAAUGUACAUAUAGAGACUGAUACAACGAAAAGGGCUACUCGAUGUGAGUAACCCUGCAGAAAACAAACUCUCAAACCCUGCAGAAAUGAUUGAAUCUUUUGGGAGGGUUCUGUGUCGUGUUACUAUAGAGUAGUGAACUCCUCAUCACAUUUGAUCGCACAAAAUGGUAAAUAGCUGUUUGCCCUAAAAAAGAUCGAAUUCAUGAUGUUCUUACGGUAAGAGGCAAUCAACUAUCACAUGACGUUGUUGGAUAUUUAUUUUAGGCAAUAGUUCUUGUCCACCAUUAUGUCCCGGAUGAUAGUGUUGGCCUUCUGGUAGCCGUUGAUCGUUGAAAGCGCCCUUUCCUUUUUGAACUGCUUUUUUGAAAAACUUAGAAGAAACAACCAGGACCCACAUGAUAUGAGAUUUUAAUUUCACCAUCUUCCUUAAUUUGACAUCGGCGGUUUGCCAGAAUUAGAUCAGGCAUCCGUUUUGUCAAAAAGGAAAUCUUACCCAACGACAGUAGCACCUUGAUUUGAAGGGGGGAAACAAGAACUGGUUAAUCCGUUUUUUCCAUUAUCUUCUUCCCCUUUUAUUGAUUUCAAACUAUUAUUUUUCCAGGAAAGAAAAAAAGAACAGUGAAUUAAUGCUUAGUCUUUCUGAUUCUGAUUUCCUAAUCUCCCCUGCUUUCCUAGAAAGAGAUCCAAUCUCAUUUUGAUUUCCCCCUCCGUUUUCUCACUCGGUUUAUCUAUCCUGGGUUCCUUCUGGUUGUUGAUAUGGAAGAUGUACCUGGAAAAAUGAUGCAGAGGCUCUCUAGCCGUUACCUCUGCAAUCAAUGAACAGGUACAAAACAA